GUUUUUGUUACAACGACGCAUUUUUCAGACGUAUUCGCCUGGGCAGCUUCGUACCUCGGCGCCGUCUCAAGUGAGAGCGAAAACCUGAUCCCAAUGGAGGGCGACGACGCGUACAGCAUUCAGCAGCCACCGGAGACUCUAGACGAGGAGUUGCUGUUGCCGGGUGACGUGGAGGAUCAGAGCGCGCCCCGCAACGACGCCGAAUACAUUAAGAUCAUGUUCGGCAUUUUUCCCUGCGUGGUCAGCUUGUGCAUGAUCCAGCCUUUCCUGGUGAAGAAGACAGCCUCGGAGCUGUGCUCGGGCACUAAGGAGCUGAUGGUGGCCAAUGGGUUGUCCGAGUUCGUCUGGUGGCUGGGUGGCUUCUCCUGGUCCUUCAUCAUGCUCCUCAUGGGCUCGCUGCCCGCAACCGUGCUCACCAAGACGCACGCGUUGCUGCCGCGCUCGAACAUCGUCUUGUUGCUGAUGGGAGUGAUCAUGCAUUGCGCCUCGAGCUCCCUCUUUUGCCUCGUUGUCGCCACGCUCGUACCCAGGCGGUAG